AUGCGAUUCCUGAAGCGCCGCAGCAAUGCGUCGUCUCGGCGACGGGGUUCUGCGUCGCCAGUCUCUCUUGCCUCCGCCUCGAUCCAGUCUAGAGAGACAACGCAAGAGGACGAAGCCGGCUUCGACGCGCCGUCUGCAAUUGAAGACUUCCAAGCGUCUUCGCGACCUUCGCCGCAAGCCCAAAAAACCUCACUAGGAUUGAGCCGAGAUCGCGAUGGCAGGCGGCGGUCCUCGGCGACACUUGACACGCUGGUGGCGCUUACGGCCGCGGCUCCGCCUUCGGCUUCGCUGACUCGCGAGGCCAUUGCGACCGCUGUGUCAGACGCGCUGGUUUCUUCGCACCCGGCGCUGCUUCUGCGCGGGCUGCUUCCGCGUGUGUUGUCGCCUUCGUCUGGGGCCAGCGCAAAACUCGUUUUUCUGCUUCUCCUCGAGCGUUUUCUUCUCCUGUCUGCGUCGUGGCGCGCCGCGGCGACGUCUUCUUCUCUUUUCCCCUCCCCGUCGUCCUCUCUGCUGACCAAACUGCUGCCGUUCCUUCAUCGCACCGCGCUCCUCUUACUUCUGCCGCCGCGAGACGGCGGGGACGACGGCGUCAGCUGCUCGUUCUUCUCCGCGUCUGUCGAUAAGGGAAGGCAGACGCGCAGGGGCGACGACAGCGCAGCUGCGGCGGCCGUGCGCUUCUGGUCUCAGCUUGCGGCUGAGCACGAGCGCGGCCUCGCGUACUUUGAUGGGGCGACGCCGCGAUCGCAUCUCCUCCUCUGCGGGCGCGCUGCGGCGCGGUGUCUCUUUGCCGGCCUGUCGGCGUCUUCGGCCUCGGGCGAGAGUCCGCACGUGACGAAGAAGUUCCGGGUCGUCGUCUCUGCGUUGCGCGCCGCCGGUCUCGACUGCACUCGGCACGCCCACGCCCACGGUGCACCGGCUUCGACCGCGGCGGCGGCUGUAUCCGCCCUCGCGUCUAGGCCGCUGCUCGGGCCGGUCUCUUUUCAGUUUGAGGCCUUACGCGCGGCGCUCCCUGCGCUCGGCGAGGCCCGGCUCCGCGCUGUUUUGCUGCCGCAGCAGAUCGAGGGCGCUGCGGCGACGCCUCCGCGUCCGCAGCGAGCCGCGCAGAAGAAGCGGCAGGAAGACAGAAGCGCCAGCGACGUCAGCGACGCGAACGAACUCCGCGAGCGAGAAACGACCUACGGCGUGGAGAGGCCAGCCGAAGAGCUCGAAGCUCGUGAAACGUCUCAGGCGGCAGAUAGCGUUGGUGACCCAGAGGCCGCCUUCUGGUCCGUCUGCAGGGCAGGGGAGGGAGGGAGCGAGGCGCUCGAGGGAGAAGAUCGCACAUCGCUGAGCCGCGUCGGCGGCGGCGCGCUCGCUGGGGCCUGGGGCGUAGCGGCGCAGCCGCCGCGGGUGUCUCGCGAAGGAAGGCGUCCCUCGGCGUCGCUUGGCGCGCCUCGCGGCGUCAGCGCGGAACAAGAGCUGCCAGGGGGGGGGGCAGCGGCCGCGCAGCGCUCAGCGCGGCUGCUGAGCUCCGGAGUCGACAUCGACGCCGUGACAGUCUCCUCGGCUGCUUCUUCGCCUUCUUCCAACCCCUUGUCGUCCUCCUCUCCGCCUCCGUCUCCUCUCUCGGCGCGCGUGAAGGAGGCGCACGCAAGCGUCGAGGGCUCCCGCCACAGGGAAUGCACGAAAGACCGCCGCGCCGCGUGCGACGAGUCUGUCUGCUCCGCGUCGUCGCGGAGCUCGACUUCGAUUGCCUCAUCUGUAGCGUCGCCAGCGUCAAGUGUGCUGUCGCUGGAAGAUGAGAGAGCGCCGGAGGAGGGGGAGACGCUGUCGGCUGGGACUGAGGUGGAGGAGCGCGACGGGGAGGACUGUCUCGAGGCCUACAGGCGGCUCGCGUCCUCUCUCCCUUCACCGACUGCCGGCGGACGCGGGGUGAUGCCCGGACGGCCGCUCCUCUCUUCACAGGCUGCGCACACGCGCAGUUUCAGCUUCGAAAAGACGAUGGGCGUCUUCAAAAAAUCCUCGAAGAAGACCGACGCCGGCGCGCCGGUGCGGAGGCAGACCUCGCGUCUCAGCAGCGCGGCGGGCGGCGUCGAGCGAGACGACGCGAAGGCGAAGGUGCUUGGCCCGGAGAGAAGACUCUUGGAAGACUUCAGCGCCCCGCGAAGAGGCGAGAGCGACUUCCCCGCCUUCGCAGGGGACGACUUGCGCGAAUUCUCAGGCUACGCGGCGAGCGAUGACAGCGACGCUCUUAAAACCCUCGAAGAGAAACUCGGGGCUGCCUUGUCGUCGGCGGAGUUCCUUCAAGAGAUUUCGCGUCAGCAGGAGUCGCCACUCGAGGUCAGCGCGCCUGCGCUUGAGGAAUGUUCCACGAUGCUGGCAGGGUGUGCGUCGGUCUGCGCGAAGAAGCAAGCCAAACUGCGCGAUGAGGCUGCGAAGGCGGUCGACCAAGGCAGGAUGGAAGACUUCGCCUCCAUCAGCAAGGUGCUCGAUCAGCUGAGUUUUGCGUUGGAUGCAUACGAGGGCGGCAAGCAGCUUCUUGAGCUCCGCCAACGUGAAGCGGAUCUCGGAGUCGAGCGCGACCGCGGGGGCCUGCGUCCGGGCUCGGCGCCUUCCGAGCCGCCAUCGCAGCCUGCCGCCUGGCAGCCCUCCUCGCCCGCGUCGCCGGCGGGAGCGGAGUCGUGUGGGGGGGCGGCUGGCGGGCCUGUUUCCUCGUCGGCAGGCCAAGAGGACGAAGCCUACGGGAGAGAGGGGGACACGGGCGAGGCAGAGGACGAUCUCUUCGACCCCUUUUCUGCGAAAAAACGGGCGCCCGCGAGCGCAGCCGCCACCCGCGCCUCCCCGCCGUCUGGCGAGUCGAAGACGCGCGGCGACAGGGGGUCGCGGCGAACGGGGAGUCGAAGCGGCGAGCGAGAAGACGAAGGCGCGGCCCUGAGGCGGGCUGCGGGGAGGCGCGGGGCUGCGGGCCUCGUGAGAGGGAGGUCUGAGGAGGCGGAGCGGAGCCGCGACAGAGGAGACAGGGCGGGCGCGGCCGAGGACGACGCGCGGGAGCGAGGCCGGGACAGACAGCGCGGCGAGAGAGAGAGACAGGAGGGCAGCGGGAGGAAGCGACCCAGCGGCAGUCCGCCAGACGCCGGCGGCGUCGUGGGCGACGAACGUCACGAGCGGAGAGCGGACGAGUUUGGAUCGCUGUCUACGGGUCUCACGUCGCGCAGAAGCCGUAAGAAAGACGGGCGAGAGACGAGAGACGAGAGGCGCAGGGGCGACUGCAGCCAACCCUUCCCGUCCUCCUCCCCCGAGCCCGGCGCGCCGGCAGGGGCCGCGAAGCCGGCGGCCUCCACGCCGCACACUUCGUGUCCGUCUGUGGGGUGGCCUGAGACCACGAGCGAGGCGGGUGAGGAGAGCGGAAGCCUCGAGUUUUCUCAGCAGAUCCAGACGGCAGGCGCCGAGAAAGCGGAUGUCCUCACGCCUUUCGAGCGCGCGCGAAGCGUGUUCGAGAAAAACCCAAAGAAGAGCUCAGAACAGCUACCUGCCUCGCUCUCGUUCCCCGCUGAAACCGUCAGAGCCAAGGACGAGAAGCAGAAGGAAUCAGCGAAGCAAGAAAAUUCGCAAGGCUCUCCAGAUCCAUUUGGAUGGCCUACAGAAAGCUUCGGCUUCAAGGUGUUCGACGAAGAAGAGAACUUGCUGUGGCAGGGCAAGCCGGCACGCGACCCCGCGCCGGCUGGGCUCGCCGGCGGGUGCGACGCGUGGGGAGGCGACCUGUUCAUGAUUGAGGAAGAAGAAGAAAGCAGCGACGCAGGCGAGGGCAGGUCGUUCCCAGCUGCCUUGUCGGCGUCGCGCAGCGGCGGGAAGGCGGAGUUCCCGGCUCGCGUCGAGAGAGCCGCCGAGAAGAAGCGCGCAAAGCGGCGCGAGGGGGAGGCUGGGGGGGUGCGAAAGGCGCAUCAGAAAGAGGACAGCGAGCUCGCCGUGGGAGCUGCGGGUGCAGGCGAGACGAAGGGCGAGAAGCGGCGAGCCCGCGGCGGGGAGAGAGACUCGCAGCGAGGCGGGGGAAGGGAGCGCGAGAUCCGCGAUACGGAGCCAAGCGAAGCGGCCUUGAAGCUUGACGCCUUCGACUGGUUUCGCGCCGCCUCCUACCCCGUGCUGCCUUCGCAGCCCUCGAGUCCCUGCCAGCUGGAGGACACGACGGCGGCAGCCAAGCGCGGCGGAAGCAGAGACAGCCAACGCGACAGGAUGCUGCUUCCCGCCGCGCGGACCGGCUCUCACGAGACAGAGAGAGAAGCGCCGCCCGCCGCAGGCGCCCCACCGACCGCAGGUCUCGCCUCGGCGCCGAGGAGCGCCAAAACGGGCAAGGCGCCCGUGAUGAGGGCGUCGGCGUCGGCGUCGCGGAGCCGCAGAGAGGGUCGCGAUGAGGGCGAUGUCUCUGCGUUGGCGCCGGCACGCAGCGCCCGCCAGAGAGAAGAGACGGCGGUGAAGAGGGCGUUGGCGGGCUCGCGAGAUCACGAAUCGAAAAGGCACAGCCUAUCUGUCUCGGCGUCGCGACACCCGGCGCGCAGCUUCGAAGAGGACAUCCGCCCGACGCACGCAGACGCGUCGCUGCCGCAGGCCCCUUCCGCCGUGUUCCCCGCGCAGGCGGCUGGUGGCGGCGAGCCGCUGCGAGCCUCACGAGAAGAGCCUGUGAAGGGCGUCCGAUCUGAGUUUUUCGAGCCCAACUCGGCGCCCCGCAUGAACGCGCAGCGAUCGUCUUCGGUUCUGUCUCCGCGGUCGGGCGCGUCGCGUCUGCCGCUGACGGGCCUCGCAUCGGAGCUGCCGCGGUCGCAGAGCGAGGCGCGACGAUCGCCACAGGUGUGCAAGGCGGAUCUCGCCUCCACGUUUGAAGAUUUCGAGUUCUUCACGACGGCCUGCUCCGACCAGACCGACUCGCCUUCCUUCCCGUCGCCUUUGGGCUCCGCGCAGGUGCCCGCUUCCGAGGCUGCCGGCGAGGAGACCUCCGCGCCUCCUGGGGGCUCCUCGCGGCGACGUCGAGACAAGCAGCCGGAGCCUGUGCGACGUCCUGGAGGUGCGGAGGGGCGAGGCGAGAAGAAGGCGACUUACGCGGACGCGCGGACGGCCGGUGGCGAGGGCGACGGCGGCCGGCGGGGUGCCGCCCUUGACUCGGGAGACAGCGGUCUGCUCGGGCGUGAGGGGACCUUGGGCGGCGCCGCGCCCGCGGCCCGACGACUCUCCGACGGCGAGGAGACUGGGCGACGCGAAUUUCCGCCGACGCAGCGGAGCGCCUCUUCGCAGUGGCCGGAAAGCCGCCGGGGCGAAGAGGCGAAGCGCGCGCGGGGCGCGUCGCGCGAGGACGACGAGAAGGCGUCUGCGGCGUCUCUCGAGGGGGAGCGUCUCCAGGCUUUCGAGGAGAAGAUCGCGCGCCUGGAAGAGCGCGAGGCGGAGCUGCGGGCGCUGCACGACCGCGAAAGCCGAGAGGCGGAGGCGUCGCAGAGGCUCCUCAGAGACAGGCUGGAUAACGCCAUGCAGGCAUGGGAAGGCGAGCGGAGGGCGUUUCGAAAAAGAGAGGAUGAGCAUGUCGCGAAGGUCCAAGCGCUGAGCGGCAGACUCGUCGAGGCGGACGAAGAAGCCAAGAAGAAAAAGGAAGAAAACGAACGCCUGAAAAGCAACCUGCAAGAAAAGUGCAGGGCUCUCGAAAACGCAAAAGAUAUGUGGCUCCGCGAAAGCGCUCGCGCCUCGGCUCUCAACGACCGCCUUGACGAGGCCGAAGAGAAGAUCGCGGAUCUUCAGACGCAGCUGGCGACACUUUCGGCCAAGUACUCCGAGGCCCUGCGCGAAGUCGAAGCCUUCAAGGUUCUAGUUAACCAUCCCCAGCCCCCGAGUCUGCCGAGUCUCGCCACCUCAGCGCAGCCCCCCUCUGCGCUACCCUCCGCCUCCUCUUCUACGUCCUUCGCCUCCUCGCGGCGCUUCAACGGGGCGUCUGCGCGCGACGAACCCAGCAAGGCGGGGGAGCGCUCGGACGAGGCCUGGAGCCUUCAGGGGAGAAGCGAGACGAAGCGCAACUCGAGUUUCUUCGCGGCGGACGAAUUCUGGGGGCGAGAGCGAGUUCUUCCCGCCGACGAUCGCGCGAGGCGCGGCACACGCCAGGAGUUUGCGGAGGUGACUGAGGUCACCAACGGCUUCGGCGAGGACAAUAUGCUCGGCGAGGGCGUCGCUUUGCCACCGCUGAGUCUAUAUGCCGACCUGGCGGAGGAGGCGCCCAUCGGGCUCUCUCAGUUCCCAGUGCAUGUCGCGAAGCCCGGCGCUUCGCACGCUUCCCUCGCAGGCUCGCGAGACUCCUCGCGAAAAUCACGCGGCGUGGAGAGAGCGGACGCGACGCUCCCCGGCGUCGUCCUCGUGAGCGACAACUUGCGACGGCUACUGCUCGUCGAUGACGCCUUGCUCUUCGAGGAUGAAACGAUACAGAUCGGCAUUAAGAGCACGUACCAAGGCCUGGCGGGACAGGUGUCGAUUUACUACGGAAACAAGAUGAGCGGCCUUUUGCAAAACGUGACGAUUUCUUUCUUGAAUCCUCAGUCCGAGUCUCUUGUGCUCCACGCCUCUCCCCUCCCUGCAUUUUUCGCCCCGAAACAGCAAGUCUGCCAGGACAUCGCUCUGGAGUGCAUCGCGCCAUUCGACGCCUGGCCGUCGCUUCGACUUCAGUUCCUGCUGGCAGACAACACGCCGCGGCAGGUGGACGUGACGCUGCCGCUGGCUGUGAACAAGUUCAUGGAGGCCCGCGACAUGGGAGCGGAGGAGUUUUUCCUGUUCUGGAAGAACGAGAGAUUUGUUUUGAAAGAAACGUCCUGCGUCCUCAAUCUGCAUCCGCGCUUCCGCGGGUCGCUGCUGGCUGUUGCGCGCGCUUCGCAGCUCGGCAGAGCUCUUGCGCUUUGUCGCAGAGUCGACCCGAAUCCGGAGAACCUCGUGCUGGCGGGAGCCUUUCCCCCGAGCGUCUGCGACAAAUCCAUUCCUCUGUCCAUUGUGCUUGUCAGACUCGAGAUCGGCCGAGGCAGACACCACGGGAAAUGUCGUUUGGUCGUGCGCUCCGAUUGCCACGUCCUCAGCCGCGGGAUUCGCGAUUUAAUCAGUCUGCAGAUUGCUGCGCCGCAGCCUGCUGCACUCUCUCUCGCUUGA